AUGCUGCGUCUUAAUAAAGCUAAAAGAGCCGCCCGCUUGCGUGCUGCUGCUCUGCGGGGCCGCGUUGCCCGCAAGCCUGCGCCCACUACCCCCCGCCGCGCUGCGCCCGCCACCCCCCGCCGGCGCCCGCUCCCCGGCCCGGCCUCGACUCCCUGCCGGCCUCCCCCUAGUGCGCUCCGCGCGCAGUCCUGUCUAGGCUCCAUAAAGACAGUUUACGCUGCUAGCGCUGUUCCUCUAGGCACAGCUACCUACCUCUGUAAGCUCUAUAGCAGUGUUUCCCCUAUUACUAUUAUCUAUGCGCAGCGCCUUGUUGCAGCGCUUGUUAUAGAGGACAAGCAGGCUAUGUUCUAG